CUCUCGCGAUAACUCGAGGCGAAAGCCACCAGGCGAAGUCAACGAGAGGCGCUCGUGCAGUGCUGUCAGCAGCUAUGGGAGGAUAACGAGAUUUUUUUUCUUUCUUUUUUUUGUACACACUCACCACUGGAAAAAAAAAUGAGUUUGUGGCGUUUUGUUCUCUUAGCAAAGCCCCCCUUUCAAAUGGUCUUUCAUGUUGUUUUCUUCACAUCGGUAGCUUAAAGACUUCCAGCUGGCGAAUCGCAUCAGUUGGCCCGGAGGGUCCUCGUCACUCUCAGCUCCCUUCACGUCAGCUCUAGAAAAAAAAUGACCGGAGAGAAGAUUCGAUCCUUGCGGAAGGACCAAAGACCCAGUCAGGACGAUGACUUGCUGGAACCGGACGAAGAGGCAGCCACCGGGACGUUCACUGCCUCCAAGACAAACAACAAGAGCAGGGCGAGUCGAAUUUUCAGCAACCACAAGUUGGUCAAGUCGGCGUCCACGCAGCAACAACAACAGAAACAGAACCAACAUGUCAACGCCAACAAUACGCUGUCUUCGGCAGAUGUCGCUGACGAUAGCAACAAAAACCCCAUUAUCCGAGGGGGACAAGAUUUUCCGCUCCACGAAUGUGUGUUUAAAGGAGAUGUGCGACGCCUUUCGUCGUUGAUUCGGACCCAAAACAUUUCCCAAAAGGACGUCCAUGGAAACACACCAUUGCAUCUAGCUGUCAUGAUGGGGCACAAAGAAUGUGCUCAUCUGUUGCUGGCCCACAAUGCACCAGUGAAGGUGAAGAAUGCUCAGGGAUGGAGCCCCCUUGCAGAGGCUAUUAGUUAUGGAGACAGACAGAUGAUAACAGCACUGCUUAGAAAGCUGAAGCAACAGUCCAGGGAGAGUGUGGAGGACAAGAGGCCAAAGUUGUUAAAUGCACUAAAAGAGCUCGGAGACUUUUAUUUGGAGCUUCACUGGGACUUCCAAAGUUGGGUGCCUUUGCUCUCCAGAAUUCUACCUUCUGAUGCAUGUAAGAUCUACAAACAGGGACUCAACAUUAGACUGGACACCACCUUGAUAGACUUCACUGAUAUGAAGUGUCAGCGCGGUGACCUUAGUUUCAUUUUCAACGGCCACGCCAUCCCUUCGGAGUCCUUUGUGGUGCUGGACAAUGAGCAGAAAGUCUACCAGCGGAUACACCAUGAGGAGUCAGAGAUGGAGACAGAAGAGGAAGUAGACAUUCUGAUGAGCAGUGACGUGUACUCGGCCACACUCUCCACAAAGUUAAUCACCUUCUCCAGAGCACAAAGCGGUUGGGUCUUCAGAGAAGACAAAACGGAGCGUGUUGGAAACUUCCUUGCUGACUUUUACUCAGUGAACGGCUUGGUGCUGGAGUCCAGGAAGAGGCGGGAGCAUCUGAGCGAGGAGGACAUUUUGAGGAACAAAGCCAUUAUGGAGAGUCUGAGCAAAGGAGGGAACCUCAUUGAUCAAAACUUUGAGCCUGUGAGGAGACCAUCUCUAACUCCGCCUUCGCCCAACACCAUAUGUUGGGAAGAGUACAUCACUGCUGACAAUGGAAAACCUCCUCAACUGGGCAGAGAGUUGCUCUGCAAAGAGAGUAAGAAAAACUUCAAGGCCACCAUAGCCAUGAGUCAAGACUUCCCCCUGAGCAUUGACUCGUUGUUGAAUGUUCUGGAGGUGAUCGCACCCUUCAAGCACUUUAAUAAACUCAGGGAGUUUGUGCAGAUGAAGCUCCCUCCUGGCUUUCCUGUCAAACUCGACAUCCCAGUCUUUCCUACCAUCACAGCCACCGUGACGUUUCAGGAGUUUCGCUACGACAGCUUUGACGAAAGCAUUUUUACUAUCCCCAGCGAGUACAAAGAGGACCCCAGCCGCUUCCCGGAUCUCUAACCCACCCUUCAACGGGCUGGAGGGAAGGACGUUUAUUACGCUACAAAAACAUCAACUCUUCCAUGAUAACCUUGCGUUUCUUAACGGCUCCCUUACCUCAAAUACUGCAGGUAAAUGUCUCCACAGCCAGCUGGACAAAAGAAAGUAGCUGGGAUAUUGAAAGCCAUGUUUCCACCAAGUGGGAGAGGGAGCAUAUGGCUCAAUAGUUUGUGGCAACACUGUAGUACAACACAAUGUACAACUGUACUGUAUUUAACAGUGUCUUGCUCUUGCCAUAUGGAUGACAGGCUUUCUUUGUGAGGGGGAGUAAAAAGCACAAUUUUUGUUGUUCUUAGUCAAUCAAUCAGCAAGGUGCAUUGCAUUGCAUUUCGCUGCACACUUAAGGUACCACCCGACUGCGGCACAGUGUGUCGAAAAAUGAAUGGUACAGUGCUUGUCACUUUUUUAACCCCCUUCCCAUGUUUGACAAUGAAAACGUUUGCCAAACGGUACUACUUGGUGGAAACAGGCGUUGUUGCUUGUGAAAGUUUGUAAAUGGCGUGUGUGUUAAGCGAGGACUUGCGAAAAACUGAUUUUGACUAAGACAAGUGUCUGUGGUUCUGGCCUGCUGACUCACAGCAGUGGUAUGAUUCAGCGUUGUACAUAAGUGAAUACACGCGAAGUUAGCCUUGUAAGAAUUGGUCAUUUUUUAUGUAUUUAACAUUUAGGCAGUUCCCCAGGUGUACUCAUACUCAUUAAAAAUCAGUCACUGUACAGGGUGUUUCCCCAAAAUAUGACAUCAUUUCAGUGUAAUACUGUAUAUUAAACUCUUACUUUGCUUAUGUCAAAUUUUGAUGUGUAAAAACUAGUUUGUUAAACUUCAGUUUAGUGUUUUUUCUUUUUUAAGGGUGAAUAAUGACAUUUUGUGUUAGAUUAUGCCAGGGGGGGGGGGUCAAGCAACAGUGCAGUUAUAUUUUUGAAGAAAUUCAAUAAAAGUACACUAACUAGAAAGUAUAUUUGGACACAGCAUAGAAACAUGAAACCUAGUCAAUAUUUUUUGCCUGGGAAAUGCAGAUAUAUUUCAAAUGAUGUCAUUUUUAGAGGAACAUCGUGUAUGCAUUGUUUUUCAUCUGUUUUCAUGGAAUUCACCAGUUUUGUUUUGUUUUUUGGCACAUCCACUGCACUUUGUUUGUUUUCAGUUCUUAAAUGCACAACUUACAACCUUGAAAAUGGCAUUUCCAAUAUUCUUACUCUGAGACAAUGUUGUAGAUGUUGCAUUUUUUCCUGGUACUAUGGAUUCUUUUUUUUUUUUUUUUUUUUUGGAAGGGAGUCAUCUUUAACUCCAAAACUGGAAUUGUAUAAUGAGUGGGCAUUUUAGGGAAUGAACGAUCUUUUUUUUUAAAUCUCCAACAAAUAUGUUCUCUAAAUUCACCCCCCCCCCUCCCCUUUG